AUGGAGAGUGGUGGCUCAAUGAAAAGAACAAACAGCAAUGAAUCACCUUCUGUUCUUGUUCACAAAAGGCAGCGAGUUGUUUUGGAAGAAUUUCCAGAUCAUAGUAUUCCUCCUGGUUACCAGCCUACACAGAACCUCACCGAAUCAGCAUCAUCAUCAACUAUUUCUUCACUUCCGAUUUCCAAUUUGGAUGAGCCAAUUUGUAACAAAAGCAAUGUGAAACGUGACAAUCAACAGAUUGACGAGCCUUAUGUAUCCGAUAUCUUUCUUUAUCUUCGCAUGAUGGAGAUCGAGGAAAAACGAAAACCAGCCAUGGAUUACAUUGAAAAAGUUCAGAGAUACAUUACUACAAACAUGAGGGGAACAUUGGUUGAUUGGUUAGUUGAGGUUGCUGAUGAAUAUAAACUUCUUUCAGAAACCCUUCAUCUAGCUGUUUCCUACAUUGAUAGAUUCCUAUCUAUCCAUUCUGUCAUUAGAUCCAAGCUUCAAUUGCUCGGUGUUUCUGCUUUGCUCAUUGCAUCGAAGUAUGAAGAAACAAAUCCACCAAAAGCGAUAGAUUUCUGCCAAAUUACUAAUCACACCUAUGAACUGCAUGAGGUUUUAGAGAUGGAAGCUAAGAUACUCAAGUCCCUAAAUUAUGAAAUGGGAAACCCUAAUGUCAUCACAUUUUUAAGGAGGUUUGUUGUGAUUGCAUCUGAUAAUCGAAAGACUUCCAAUUUGCAGUUUGAAUAUUUGUGCAACUAUCUUGCAGAUUUAAGUCUGCUUGACUAUGAAUGUCUACAAUUUAAGCCUUCCACAGUGGCUGCCUCUGUUAUAUUUCUUGCCAAAUUUAUUGUCCGGCCUAGAGUAAAUCCUUGGACUUUGUACCUCUAUGACUCAUUGGAAUAUGGAUCUGAUGAUUUGGAAGAUUGUGUUAUCAUUCUACAUGGUUUGUAUUUGUCAAGAAGGGCAGCAUCCUUGAAAGCUGUUCGUGACAAAUACAAGAAGAAAAAGUUUAAAUGUGUAGCAAACUUGCCGUCCCGGCCUGAGCUGCCAGAACGUUACUUUGAAGAAGUUCAUGUCUGA